CCCCGCCGCGUUGCCAUGGCGACGCCGGUCCCGGGAGAGCCCGGCCCGGCCCCGCUCGCUCCCCGCUCGCUCCCCGCCGCCGCUCACGCUGAUGCGGACGAGGGCGUCCAUGAUGGAGGUGAAGCCGUAGGCACGGGCACGUCGCUGGCGCUCUCGUCGCUGCUGUCGCUGCUGCUGUUCGCCGGGAUGCAGAUGUACAGCCGGCAGCUGGCCUCCACCGAGUGGCUCACCAUCCAGGGCGGGCUGCUGGGCGCCGCGCUCUUCGUCUGCUCCCUCACCGCCUUCAACAACCUCGAGAACCUGGUGUUUGGCAAAGGCUUCCAGGCCAAGAUAUUCCCCGAGAUCCUCACCUGCCUCUUGCUGGCUCUUUUUGCCUCCGGCCUCAUCCACAGAGUCUGCGUGACCACCUGCCUCAUCUUUUCCAUGGUCGGCCUCUACUACAUCAACAAGAUCUCCUCCACGCUCUACCAGUCCGCAGCACCCGCAGCUGUUCCCACCAAAGCCCUUGGCAAAGGCAGGAAGAGGAAUUGAUGUCCCGGGGCCCCUUCCCGGGGCAGUUCCCUCUCCUCCAGCCUGGACUCGGACUCUGAGCCAGGCAAUAAAGCAGUUUCUUUGUA